AUGUAUCGGGUUGAAAAGAAAAGUGCUAAAUCCUCGCGGUCACGACCUGUGUCGUGCCAUUCUUGUCGGUCGAGAAAAUUGAAAUGUAGUCGGCAAUUCCCUUGUUCGAACUGUACCAGCCGGGGCACAACCUGUCAGCUCUAUCCAACACCGUCAGUAUCAGUGAGUCCACAAAACGGGAUUGCAGAGCUUCCCGUCGAUUCAAAUAUGGAUGUUCUGGCACGUUUGCGCCGGUUGGAGGAGAUCGUCAUCGGGAAUGGGAAAUCAUCUAGUCCCAUGGACCAAGCCGCAAUCCAAGCGCCGUCACUUCCCUCUCCUUACAAUCGGCAUUCAGAGCAUCCAUAUAUGAUGCAUCAAGGGCAGUCAUCUGCGGCUGCUGUCAAUUGGCUGGAAGGCGAGAUCACAUCGCCAGGCUCAGCGGGUUGCCUCUUGAGAUAUGAACUUGAAUUUCGAAUCUGUCAUAUUCGGAACGCGGUAGGAUCUUCGCAAAUGGCUCUCCCAAAUUCACCCGCAAAGAAGUGCAUAUGGCUGCCGCUCCACAAAGAAGCGAAGAUGAUAGUGGAAAAGUACAUCUCAGAGCUUACCUAUCUUCACCAUGUGGUCCAUAUACCCUCGCUGCGUACUAUGAUUGACAAUCUUUAUCAUUGUCUUGGAGAAAGCAGGCCCUUGAAAGUCGGGCAAGUCUCAUUGCUCUUAGCUAUCCUCGCUACCACGACAACCUUUUGGGCUGAGCACGAUAUGCAUUAUCCCAUAUUCCCUUCCAUUGAAGAAGCGAACUCUCAAUCUACCCAAUGGAUGAAGCUCGCCACGGAGGUGCUCGAAUAUUCGCGCUCGAAACAUCUCGAGUCUGUAGAAGAUGUCCAGGCGAUGGUCAUUCUCGUUUUUGUGACCACAAAUCUCGUGGGCAUCGCUUCACAAGCUCGGCACAUAGUUUCCACGGCUAUUUCUGUAGCCAGAGAGUUGUCUAUGCAUCGAAUUGAUCAUCCGGACAAUUCCGGUCUCGAGGUGCCACUGCCCUCUUCUGCGAAAGCAGAGAUAUGUAGAAGGCUAUGGUGGUAUCUCGUGGCAACUGAUUGGCAAGCUUCUCUUCAUAUUCUUCCACGGUAUCUAAGCUGA